AAAAGAUCAAAUGGCAUCAAGGAUGUUCAACGCAGGAGUGACCGAGGGACAAUCAACCACGAGGCCACCUUUGUUCGAUGGAACAAACUACUCGUAUUGGAAGGAGAGGAUGAGAAUCUUUAUCCAAUCCAACGACUACAAGCUGUGGUUGAUUGUGAAGAACGGCUACGAAGUCCCGAUGAAGAAAGUCGGUGAAGUCAACGUUCCCAAAACCGAAGAGGAGUUCACCGGCGAAGAUUGCAAAAAGAUGGAGCUCAAUGCUAAGGCAAUAAACAUGAUUUAUUGCGGUGUUAAUGCUGAUGACUACCGCAAAAUUUUGCGGUGUGAAACCGCAAAACAAAUGUGGGAGAAAUUGGAGGUCACCUACGAAGGAACCGCGCAGGUUCGGGAGGCCAAAAUCGACCAUCUCACUCACGAGUAUGAACUCUUUUCAAUGAAGGAAAAUGAGAAGAUUGAGGAAAUGUUUGAGAGAUUCUCUAACAUCAUCAAUCCUCUCAAUCUUCUCGGGAAGACAUACACCGACCGAGAGCUCGUGAGAAAGGUGCUGCGAAGCCUAUCCCCCAAAUGGCGUUCAAAGGUGGACGCAAUUGAAGAAGGUCGUGACUUCCAAACAACGACCUAUGAUGCUCUUCGAGGUAAUCUUAUUACCUACGAAACCACCCAACUCUCAAAGGUGGUUGAAGAGAGGAACAAGAGGUCUAUUGCUCUACCCGCAACAACAUCAACCCACAACAACGUUGAUGAUGAAGAUGAUGACAGCGACGACACCAACCUCGGACUCUUUGUCCGAAAAUUCAAGAAGAUGAUGCUCAAGAAGGGAGCCAAUAGCGGAUGCUUGAAGGCUUCGAGUACCUAAACCGUCUCCUUGAUAUCUUUUGUAGGGAGUUUCUACUCGUAAUUCUCUUAGGAACACAAUUAAUCACAUGGCCUUUGUUUCACAAAUUGAACCAAUAACCGUUUUGGAUGCUAUUAAUGAUGAACAUUGGUCUAUGGCAAUGCAAGAGGAGCUUAACCAAUUUAAACACAAUGAUGUUUGGGAAUUGGUGCCUAGACCUAAUGAUCAUUCCGUUAUUGGCACAAAAUGGGUGUUUCGUAACAAACUCGANUCAAGAGG